AAGCUUCGACGUAGCCUUCACCUCCUCCAACAUAUCUUGGGUGUGAUGAAGAUGCCGCAGUCUCUCAAGUUAUUAUUCUCACAAAGCUUUUGCAGGAUCUCACGAGCCUUCCUGCCCACUCGCUCGUUAUCCCGAGUCUCCGCUGCUCAGAAUGCUGAGCUUGAUAUACAAAAUGGCAAAGGUUUAGCCUCAGGUCUGUGGCAGUUUUAUUCUGAGCUAACCUCUCAAUCAGCAGACUGGAAUUCACAUGAGGACUUCUUUUCCUUUACCCGUGGUCGUUUUGUUGUUGCCGAAGCAGACCAGCUUGCACAGCGAUGUGUCAAGUUCAACAUGAAUGAGCUUGCUCGGAUUGCAGCUCAAUCAGUAGGAGCCAGGGCCUGUGUUAAUGUGCAGAAAUGCCCUGAUGGCAUGUACAAUAAGUGCUUUGUCUUGACUAUGGAUGACGGGCAGGAGGUGAUUGUUAAAGUGCCUAAUCCGAAUGCGGGCCUACCCCAUCAGACCACUGCAAGUGAGGUGGCGACGAUGGAUUUUGCCCGUAAUGUGCUUGGGACGCCAGCCCCAAAGGUAUAUGCUUGGAAUUCUGGCACAACCAACGCAGUAGGUGCGGAGUACAUAAUCAUGGAAAGGAUGCCUGGGGUCCAGCUUAGGCAAGUUUGGAGCAGCAUGAAACUUGUUGAGAAGAUGAACCUUUGCCUUGACAUUGCCCGAUAUCAAUCUGCCUGGCUUUCUGUGACGUUCUCGCAAUUUGGUGGACUCUAUUAUACCCAGGAUGUGCAAAAUUGUUUCUCGCAGCAAAAAUCUCAUCUUUACGUUGACGAGAAUGGUACCAAAGUACAGAACAGUCGUUUUACAAUUGGACCUGUUACGAGCCGAGAAUGGUUGGACUGUGGAAGGGCUGGCUUGGAGUGUGAUCGUGGACCAUGGCAUCGGGAAAAGUUGGCUAUUUCAACUUUGGGUACUUUGCCAAAACAGACGGUUAUGGUAUGUGGCCCUGGCCUCUACCAGCCUGAUAGAAGCAAAAAGCUAUCCGCUGUGGAAUGGUAUUUGCAAAUUGUCGAUGCCCUCAUCCCCACUGAAAGUGGGAGUAUCACAACACCCUGUCUUUGGCAUGACGACCUCCACGAUGAGAAUAUAUUUGUUGAUCCAAGCAACCCGUCCAAAGUUACCGGGAUUAUAGAUUGGCAAUCUGUUAAUCUUCUCCCACUCCUUGAUCACAAUCCCAAUGCUGCUUUCAUUGACUAUGAUGGCCCAGAACCAGAAAAUCUAGACCGACCUGAACUUGGCAAUAUCGAUAAUCUGUCAGAAUCAGAAAAAGAAGAGACGAUACGGAAAUUCCACCAGAAGGCUCUAUUCAUUGCCUCGCGAAAGAUUAUGUUGAAAAAGGUUCCGAAGGCGUAUGAUGCCAUUGAGUAUCAACAAACAGAGAGUUAUGAUCUACUUGUUCUAGCACGCCGCUUGCUCGAGUUUGGUGAAGCUCAUUUCCAGGCACUCAUAGUGGAAUUGCGUGAGGCAUGGGCUGGACUUCCGGCAAACAAUACCAACAUGAACCAUACCAAACCUUUUCCCAUUACACUUACUGAGGAUCAAAUAGCUGAGAUCGAAACUGAUUGUCAGAAUGCAAUUCGUGGAAUGCAGAUUAUGAAUGAUUUCAAAGCCCGACUUGGCCCACUCUGGCCGGACAAAGAUGCAGUAGGCAAUGAGCAGUAUAACGCGACGAAGGAUGCACUCCGAGUACUGAGAGAAGAAAUAAUACAAGGGUUUGCAAAGUCUGAAGCAGAUAAGAUGGAAAUAAAACGUCAAUGGCCUUUUGAUGAAUAG